AGCAGCGAUGACUAGAACACGCCCCCUCGCGCGCCUACCUUGGCAUAAAAAUAGCUUUACCUGUAAAGCUGGUGAGUAGUUCCACCCAGGGUAUAACUGUUUACAUACCUAGACAGUACUUCUUCUUGUGAAGGCUAGUGAAACAACAGCUGAUACAAAAUGGCAGACAACAGAGCCAAGAAAUCUGGCAUUGGAGCCGAGAUUGAAAAAAAAUUAGAACAGCGCUAUGAUCAAGAAGAAGCCGCUGGAACCAUGAACGCCAUUGUCGUUUGGAUCAACGCCAUUCUAGCCGGCGAGCACGAACCAAUCGUAAACCACACCCAAAAGGAAUUGCACAAGAGUUUGAGAGAUGGUGUGUUGCUGUGCAAGUUGAUCAACAAAAUCCUAGCUUCAGAAGGUAAAUCGAAGGUGGGCUUCCAGAAAAAAGUAGCUUCCCCUUUUGUUGCUAUGGGCAACAUUGAUAACUUCAAUAAAGGUUGCACGGAUUAUGGGUUGAGCAAAGAGUUUCUCUUCCAGAGCACUGAUUUGUGGGAAGGUCGCAAAGGACCAUUCCUUAAUGUCAUUAACUGCAUUCACAGCCUUGGCUUUUUGGCCAACUCUAAAGGCUUCCAGCCAACAUACACUGGAUCACAGACUAAAUACCUAGACUUAGAGUAAACGCUUCGAUGUUCUCCAAGCCACCAGAUAUCUCUUCGCAUUUGAUCAAGGCGUUUACGUGUCGAUCUAAGUGUACUCUAAUGACAUCUGCAUUGUUUCACACAAGUUCACGUUGUGUCUUUAUGUUGUUACGUCUGUUUCUAAGGGCCGCAAUCAACUGCUAAGUAUUUAUUGAAUGAUUAUGGAACUGGAGAUCUUUCGCUCUACUGGUGACUAUACCAACAAACUGUAUUCUUAAAGCGAGUUUCUAGAAACUCUUAGCUAAAUGCUAUCCUGAAAAAGAAAAGCUAAUGCAUCGGGCUCCUUGCUUAUUACUUUGUAAUCUUUUGAUUUAUUGUCUUUAUAAUGGCUAAUACAUUUAUUUUUUACA